AUGAAUCACCAUCAUUUAUACAAUAUAUUUGAAGUGAAUAUACCAGAAAAAUGUAUGAAUGAGUUUUCAAUAAAUAAUUCACAUAUUCAAAAUCUUUUUGAAAAUCAAAAUUCUACAAUUAAUCAAACAAACACAAAUAAUUUAGUUAGUAAUAACACUGUCUAUUCAAUAAACAAUAUAAACUUUAUACAUAUAAAACCUUGGGUUUUAACAAUUAGUUUCAAUAAGAUUUUCAAAAAAUUCCAAGAGAAAAUUCUUAAACAAUAUCCAAAUGUAGCAUGUGUAUAUUGUGCUAAGUUAUUAUACUCAGAAAAAGCAAAAUGGGUUCCUUAUAAUCAAGAAAUAAAAUAUCCAGUUGAAGAAGCUUUUGAAAAUUUUCAUUUGGAAUUUCAUCCAAAUACAAAAGUGAAUAAAGUUCCAACAUGUAGAUCUUGCCAUAAUCCAAGAACACGAAGAACCCCUGGCAGUAACUCUUUUACAGAGUAUAGAAAUUUAGUUGGGACUAUGAGUUAUUCCUGCAACAUACAUGCAUUAUCAUUAUAUACUGGGACAAUUGGAGCAUUUCUAGAACCUUCUAAUAACAAUCAUGUUUCUAAUGAAUUGAUAUUUGAUGAAAAUUUAAAGAAUGCUGCAGAUUGGUUAGCAGAAAAAAAUCCCUAUAUAAAAAGUUUUUCGAAACAAGCUUUAACUCUGACACAAAACACAAUUAAUGAAACAUUUCCAACAGCUACUCAUGUUACUGAUGAUGAAUCAGCUCCUCCUUAUUUGUCAAGAGACAUAAUUAUUCAGAAUUAUAAUUUUCCAGAUGAAGUUCAUAAUGAAGAUUUUCAUUAUGAUAAACUAAUAAGUGGAUUUGUACAGUUAAACAAUAAUACAAAGCUACCAAUUUCAACAAAUCAUAAAGAUUUAGAGCCUUUAUUGUUUCCAUAUUUAUUUUUAAAUGGUAAAGGUCAUUAUUAUGAUUUAAUUAAGGAAGGCAAUAACAAUCAUUUAACAUUUGGUAAAUAUGCAAAACACAUGAUUCUUCUUUUUGAUCCAAGAUUUCGCUUAGAUCACUAUUGGCCUGCACACACAUAUUUACAGCUUGAAAAAUUAAGAAAUCACCAAAAUACAAGAAGAAUUUUACGACAAAAAGAAGUAGAAGGAAAUUCAAGACCAGAUGAUAUCAAUUUAAUCUCAUAUAGUCAAUACAAUGGAGCCCCAAAGAUAAAUGAAGAAAUAACAAUACCUCUACCAACUUUUAUAAGAACAGGAGAUUCUUAUUUUCAUGAAAAGGAACUUCAUUUAAAUACAAUGCUCAGGGAUCCAGAAUAUUGA